CAACAGUUGAUAACGGGUACAUAUUUUUUAAUGAAUGCGGAAAUGAAAAUAAAUAAUUAUCAAUGUUGUAUACUUAACUAACAAAAUGAUAAUUCAAGUUUUUUAUCAACUUUAAUAACCCAGCAAAAAGUGGAUUGAAAUGACAAAGUGUGAAUAACUAUAUUGACGAGUUAUCAUACUCGUCAGGUAUAUAGAGAGAAAUAAGUGGUGAAUUAAAAAAUAUAUUUAAAAUUGAGGAAACAUUUAAAGAAAAUCGAGAAUAGUAAAAAAAAAAGAAGAAGGAAACUAAACGUUUUUGUGUUUUGUGAAAUAUGUUCAGUAUUAUUUUUUUAAUGAAAAUAUGUUUAUGAGAAAAUUUGUUAAUAUUUUUGCGAGGGGAUUACAUUCCACGAAAGCAUUAUUAGAAGGAGCGAUAAUCGAUGGAAACGGUAUUGCGAAGCAAAUAGAAAAUGAAAUCAGCGUCUCCGUGGAAUCAUGGGUAAAGAGUGGAAAAAGACGACCAAAAUUAGUGGCAAUUAUUGUGGGUGAUGAUCCUGCCAGUAAAGUUUACGUAUCGAGAAAAGUUAAAGUAGCAAAAGCCGUUGGAAUCGAAGCCGAGACAUUGACAUUCGACAAGAAUAUUUCGCAAAAAUUUCUAUUGAAUGCGAUAAAAAAUUUAAAUAAUGAUUCAACGGUGGAUGGAAUUUUGGUGCAAUUGCCAGUGCCAGCGUCGAUGAAUGAGAGGGAAAUUUGUGAGGCAGUUACGCCUUCGAAGGAUGUCGAUGGUUUUCAUUCGGAAAAUAUUGGCAAAUUGUGCGCCGAUUGUGACGCAAUUGUCCCAGCAACGGCACUAGGGGUUAAGGAAUUAAUUGUCAGAACGAGAUUCGAUACAUUUGGAAAGAAUGCCGUUGUUAUUGGACGAUCAAAACACGUUGGUCUUCCAAUUGCAAUGCUCCUGCAUUCCGAUGGCAAAGGUGAAACCGGAGCUUUGGAUAUGACGACGACAAUUUGCCAUCGCUACACGCCGGUGGAGGAAUUAAAGAGACACGUGAAAUUGGCCGAUGUGAUAGUUUCGGCGGCGGGUGUUCCUGGCCUCGUUACUCAGGACAUGAUAAAACCGGGAGCUUGCGUUAUUGACGUUGGCAUCACCAGAGUGAACACAGAGAAGGGACAAAAAUUACUGGGCGAUGUCGAUUUUGAGAAUGUGAAAAAAAUCGCUGGACAUAUUACCCCAGUGCCCGGUGGCGUUGGACCAAUGACGGUUGUUAUGUUAAUGAAAAACACCCUCAAAGCGGCGGAGAAAAAUCAAAGGAGCUAACUUUUUAGUGGCUAAUGCAGAAACUUAAGAGAAUUUUUCUUUAAUUUAGAUAUAUAUAUAUUCUUUGAAUAUUGUUCUACUUUUCCUAAUUUUAGUAUUUUCCCUCCUUUUCCCUAUUUUUAGUAUAUUUUCCCUAGUUUUUCUACUUUUCCUACUUAUUCCUUUUUUUUCUUUCACUAUUUCUUUUCGUAUUUUCCCUACUUUUAAAGACACUUUUUUUAGUCUUACCUAUUUUUACUUAUUUUUAUUUUUCCUAACUGUCCUAUUUUUGCUAUAAUUUUACUACUUUUCCUAUUUCUACUAUACUUUUAGCCCCCUUACCAAUUUCCUAUCUAAUAUCUAAUUUUAAAAGAGAUUUUCAAGACUUGAUGAAAAGUAUUUCUGAUCCACUUCAUAUGUUCAUAAAAUACAGUAUUUUUUGUUUACUAAACAAAAUGUUGUGACUUAAAAGAAAAUCUUCUAAGUGGAAGUAAAGUACUUCCAUAAUAUUGACAAUUAAAAAUUAUAAUAAAAACGUUAAUU